CGGGAGAUACUGAUUUCUUUGAAGAAACAUGAAGUCACACUGCAUUGUUAUGCUUACCCUAGCCGUCCUAAUGUUCCUGACGCAGUGGUUCCCUGUGUCACUGGGCUGCAACAAAGCACUCUGUGCUAGUGAUGUGAGCAAAUGCCUCAUUCAGGAGCUCUGCCAGUGCCGGCCCGGAGAAGGAAACUGCUCCUGCUGCAAGGAGUGUAUGCUGUGUCUCGGGGCCCUGUGGGAUGAGUGCUGCGACUGUGUGGGUAUGUGUAACCCUCGGAAUUACAGCGACACGCCUCCAACUUCGAAGAGCACAGUGGAGGAGCUGCAUGAGCCUAUCCCUUCUCUCUUCCGGGCCCUCACAGAAGGAGAUACACAGUUGAAUUGGAACAUCGUUUCCUUCCCUGUUGCAGAAGAACUUUCACACCAUGAGAAUCUGGUUUCAUUUCUAGAAACUGUGAACCAGCCGCACCACCAAAACGUAUCCGUUCCUAGUAAUAAUGUGCACGCGCCUUAUGCCAGCGACAAAGAACAUAUGUGUACUGUGGUUUAUUUUGAUGACUGCAUGUCCAUACAUCAGUGUAAAAUAUCCUGUGAGUCUAUGGGAGCCUCCAAAUACCGCUGGUUUCAUAACGCCUGCUGUGAGUGCAUUGGUCCAGAAUGUAUUGACUAUGGUAGUAAAACUGUCAAAUGUAUGAACUGCAUGUUUUAAAGAAGGAAAAGGAAUGCAAACCAAAGCAAUCUAGUCAAAAGAAACCUAUGAAAAAUUAUUCUAUGAGUCUACCAAUUACAUCAGAAAGCCAGUGAAUUAAGAAGAUGUAAGAAUUUGGAAUGAGUUUCUUUUAAAGUACAACUUAUCCAAUGAUGUGUUAAAUUAUAUGGUUAUAAUUGUGCUUAUUGAUUUUAUGGCCUACUGCCUAGAAGCCCUUUCCUUUGAAUACCCUCCAGCUUGAUUUAUAAGAGAAGCCAGUGAUCAGAGAAUUCCUUGAAGUAUCUGAGGUUUUUAAAUAAAGCCUGGUGCUGAUAGUUUUCUUCUAGCGUUCCAAAAGCUUUUUGUUUCAAAGGUUUUUGCAGAAAAUGAGUCACAAUUUCUUCUUGUGCUGUUCCUAGGGUGAUGAGUUUUUAGUUUUAUGCCACUCUUAGCGUGCCUUGUAUCAUUUAUCUGUUGUAUUAAUAGAGUAGACAUUCAAAUACAUUACUCUGAAAACUCUCACAAAAAUCACCAUAAAAAGUUUAAUUUCAAACCUUUUCACAUUGGUUUUUAAAUGCUUAUUACUGUCUUAUAGUUGAAAACUCCAACCUUAGAAUCCCUCCUAUGACACACAUACAGACCAACCUUUAGGGAAAGUUUCCCAAUCUCUCCCAUUCCCCCUGCUGACCUUUACCAAGAAUUCCAGGGUGUACCUAUGAAGUGGCAUUAGAUAUGCUGCUAGAGCAAAUAAUUAGUGAGUCAAAGCAUUUCUGUGACUUUAGGUGCCAGAUUGAAGAGCACUAGGGAUGGGGAAUGAUUGCUCCAUCAGACUCUACUUAGAAAGAGCUGUCCCCAUGUAGAAAAAUGGCAUAUGGGCCAGCUGAGCCCACUCAGCCUCAGCCAAGCCACCUCUGCCUCAGCCAAGUGCCCUCCACAUCCCCUGAGAAUGAGUGUUCGGAGAGGAACAGAAGAGAUUUUACGGGUAUGCACAGGGAAGAGUGAAAAUGCAGGAAACUAUAAUGGAAAACAAAACUAUUCACAUUCAUUAUUUUUGUUAUUUUGUAACCUUUCACUUAUUAAAUUGAUAUAUGUGGAUAUAAUGUUUGUAUUAAUCAUACUAUGAGAGGUUAAGAUUACAAAGUUAAAAAAAACUGUUUCAAGAUGAUGUUCACUCCAAGUAUAUUUCAUAUACUUUAGUCAUUUUUUUAUAUAAUGUUUUAAUAAAUGUAAGUUUACUUUGUGCCCUUACUAAUAAUCAGUUGUCAAUCUUCAUAGAUAUUUAUAUUACAGGGACUCUUAAUUUUAUACAAUUAUUAAUUUCUCUAGUACAUAGUUGGAUUUACAAGUAACUUUUAGGAAUAC